AUGGCUGCGCAGCAGAGGCGGCGCCCGGGCCGUGGUGCUCGAGGCGGCAAGGGCAGUGCGGGUGGGAACAGUGACAUGCGGAACAAGGGCUUGCUGCUGACGGCGUUUGCAGGAGGGUUCAUCGCCUUUGUCAUCUUCAUCAUUGACUCGAUGCAACAUGGGGAGACGACACUCGCCCUUGAGUUUGAGAACAUCACAGCAGCUUCAUGGCCAGUGCCCUGCGCACUGCCAGCUGCCACUCGAGGCGGCAACCCCCUGUGCCAGACGAGCUCGUGUGCCCGCAUGGUAUGGGAUGGUCUGGUGCCCAUGGAAGACGUUGACCAGCUCCGCUCCACGGCAGACACUAUCAUGAACAAGUACGGCGGGGCCGACGGCGGAACCGCACAAACACAGCACGACGAGUACUGGCAUACACACAUCGACAAGGUGACUUAUGGCAGCUUUGACUACACGUGUCUGCUGUAUCUCUCCACAUACCGUCAGAACUUCACCGGCGGCCGCUUCGUCUUCGAGGACAAGAGCUAUCGCGGUGGCGACAUGCACCGCGUCGUGGAACCAAAGGCCGGGCGUGUGUCGUGCUUCACCUCUGGGGCGGAGAACCCGCACCACGUGGAGCAGGUGGCAUCAGGCACCCGAUAUGCCCUGACGAUUGCGUUCACGUGCGACCCCGAUAUGGCCAUCCCACAGCCCAGGGCAACAGAGGCCACCACGUCCUCUGCCGUGCCCUCAAACUUGUAG